AUGGCUUCCGUGGAACAUUGCCUCUACUGCUUCGAGGCUCUCGCUUCGCACCUGGAGAAGCGGCCGGGCCUCUCCCUCAAGGAGAUCCAGCGAUCAUGGCCCGAGUACGCAAAGACCCUCGGUGACGGCAAGGACGGCAGCAAGAAGCUCCUCCCUGCCUUGCAGCGCCUUGCCGAGCCAGCGAGCGACUCGGCAUCCGCCUCCUCCGGCUCGAGCUCCUCGCUAGCCGCCGAGACGCCCGCGACGUCGACCGACUCCCUCCCUGGCGACGACGACGACGACGACGACGAAACCAUCACCGAAUCCCCACUCUUCGUCACUUGGAACACCAUCUCACCACGCUCGGGCCACCGCUCGCUGCGGGGCUGCAUCGGCACCUUUGAGGCGCAAGAGCUCGAGGACGGCCUGUCGAGCUACGCCCUCACGUCAGCGCUGCACGACAUGCGGUUCCCGCCCGUCGAAGCAUCGGAGCUGCCGUCGCUCGAGGUGGCCGUGACGCUGCUCACCAACUUUGAGGACGCCGACGACGCCAUGGACUGGACCCUCGGCGUGCACGGCCUGCGCAUCAGCUUCACCCACCACGGCAAGCGGUACGGCGCGACCUACCUCCCCGACGUCGCCGUCGAGCAGGAGUGGACCAAGGAAGAGACGCUCGUGAGCCUCAUGCGCAAGGCCGGCUGGAUGGGCAGCAAGAGCAAGUGGCGCGACGUCGAGCUCAAGGUCGUGCGGUACCAGGGCAAGAAGGAGUCGUUGGAGUACGGCGAGUACAAGAAGUGGGCCGACUGGGUCAAGACGAACAAGGCCAAGUCCGGCUGA